UUUUAAUUGCUUCAUCUUUUGCAUAAUUUUGGAUUCUAGCAUUAACAAGAAUUUGAUCAUAGUAUAAUGAAAAAUGGAUAUAACGACUUGUUUUCACUCUGGUAUAAAUCAUAUGCGUGUUUCAACCAUCAGUUAUGUCAUGUACAUGUAAAGGUCAGUAUACUAUCGUAAGAUGCAAAUAUUUGAACAGUAUGAUGAAUAUUUAGAUAGUUAUAAAGUAUUUAGAUUGUUAUAAAGUCUUUGUUGCUUUGAUGCUAGGGAAUUUGUGAAAAUCUACUUGUAUGCCACAUAAUUGUAUUUCUUUUGUUGUUGAAAUAUUAAUGUCUCUCUUUCUAUCACAUAGCACUAUGAAGAAUAAGAGAGUAGGCGUUAUUGGUGCUGGUAUUAUUGGGGUGUCCACGGCAUAUUAUGUACAGUUGUUAUGUCCCAGUGCCGAAGUGUCAAUCAUUGCUGCAGAGUUUUCACCAAACACAACAUCUGAUGGCGCGGCAGGUUUCAUUCAGCCUUAUCUUGCUCCUGGGACACCAAAAGAAGACAUACAGAGAUGGUUUAAAUCAACAUGGACGCACCUAACCAAGCUCAUCAAAUCUGCUGAUGCUGGAAAGGCUGGGGUACAUUUCACAUCAGGCUUCAAUCUAUUUAAAAAAUUUGAGCCUGACCCUGAAUGGAAAGAUGAUGUACUUGGAUUCAGGCAUGCAACUCAAUAUGAACUCAAUGAUUUAUUUCCAUCUUUCAAGCAUGGAUGGUUCUUCACAUCUUUGAUUUGUGAGAGUCAGAGAUAUAUCCCAUUCCUAACUGAAAAAUUUCUAAAGAAUGGUGGAAAACUGAUUCAGAGGAGGGUUAAUAGUUUUGCAGAGCUGGGUGAUCAAUAUGAUGUAAUUGUCAACUGUAGUGGUAUUGGAGCCAGAUUUCUUGCUAAUGAUGAUUCAGUAGAGCCAGUCAGAGGACAGGUCAUGAGGGUUCAUGCGCCGUGGAUCUUGGGUAAUAAUCGUUACCGUGGAGAUCCAGGUACAGGGACAGAUAAGCACCAUAUCUAUGCUCGGUGA